AAUACGAUGCGACGAUUCCCAAGAACUGAAAACUGAUAAAGAAUAGUCUGGGUCAAAGUCAAAGUAAUGUUACACAACUACACAAGGCGUAUGCACAACUAUUCUUGGUAUUCGACAUUCUUGGAAAAAGAUAAAAUAUGCCGAGCAGAUGAAAACAAGUGGAGUGUUAGUAAAUCAAUUUAACAAGUUGUUAGUUGCAACUACGUGAGCUUUACUUUUCGAUUAAAGUUCUAUGAUUCAAUCUCCGGUUGCAAGCUGGAGACAGGUUUAGCAUGCCGUCCACCUAUAUUUUCGCUGUGAUUUUAAUUGGUGGAAAUUUAUUUGUGUCCACUGUGACAGCCACGGAUGAGACGCACACCAGAAUUCGAAGGAAUGGAAACAGCUAUAAAGAUGCGGUGUAUAAACAAGGAAGUGGAGGUUUGGAUACCGGCAGAAGCAUGGCGGAAAUGAUGGAGAAGAUUGACCGAAUGGAUGCAAAAUUGGACAAAUUAGAAAACCAAAUGGUCAAGAAUACUGACGUUCUAAAUUACUGGACAGAGACAGCUGGCCAAGAUGACAAAAUGUUUUGGAAAGAAAUAAGUGGGUGUGGUGGAGUAAUCGAAGCUCAGUCAGGUCGCAUCAUUGGAACAUCAUCUGCUGGCCUUGUGGACAAUGUAGAAUGCAUGUGGACAAUCUCCGCAAACCAUCGACAACGAGUCAAGUUGACGCUGCUCAACCAAAAGCUCCUCAGCUAUUCCUCUGGAUACAUGUCGCUCUGUAAGGUUCACGAAGUUCAAGUGAAUUACGGACAGAGCUUCGACACCCCAGCUUUGUCAGUGACCAGUAUAACGAGCGACAAAACGUACCUCUUCAGAGGACCACUUUUAUUCCUCACGUGUCAAUGCAACCUUAACCCAAGGAAUCAGUUUGUCGAAUUCGAAGGACUUGGACCACGUGUUUUUUCGCGUGUGAGUUUUCAGCACACAAACGUACAAAACUUGACUGGGUCGUAUGACGUGGCGACCGAGUUGACCAAUGGGGCCAGCCAGCUCAGUGACAAAACGGGGGCAUUUAUAACCAUCACGAUCCCCGGCCUGGACAACAACUCAUCGUCCCCCAUGAAAAAUAUUAUUUUACAAAACCUGAGCCCAAAAUUCUGCAAAUCCUCCUCCCUCUCCAUGCACUUUGACUUAUUCAAUCCCGAUGCCAUGAUGAGUAUUGACUGCUGCCAAGUGGACUGCUUGAACCACAAGUUUUUAGUGAGAAAUGACUACUGCUUGGUACUGAUUGGUGUCAACAUUAGUGCGGGUUUCGAGCAGACCACGUCGUCAUCAUCGAGCUACGCCCGAUUGGCUUGGGACAUUCAAGAGCACACACUGAAGCCAAAAUACGGUGAGGUGUGUGGUGGAGUAAUCAGUGGACGCAGUGAGGGGGGUAUUUCCGAGUCGUAUUCAAGCUAUCAGCCCAAUUCUCGAUGUGUAUGGAUUAUCCACCCAUUUCCUCGAACCGAGAUUGUGGUCACUCUUACCCAGCUGCAAAUCGAGGAAGGCCGUGAAAAUUUAUUUGCAGUUGGCAUAGACGAUGACGGCGGACUUGUUACCACCCCUUUAACUGAAGAAAAUGUGCUCUAUGAAUUAAGUGGUCGCGUUAUUUUGAUCGUAUUUUACUCUGACACCUCGCUGCAAUUGUACGGUUUCUCCCUCACCUGGAAAGCUAAGGGUCCCGUAAAUUUAAGCAUGUUUACAAACGAUGACAAAAUCCACCGGUAUACAGAACGAAAUGGUACGUCAGCCUGGAACUUGACGAUGCCACCGACAUGGCCAGGCCUUCACGUGGGAAUCAUCAACCACUUUGAGUCUUAUCAACCCUAUGCUUGCAACCUUCGAUUGGAUUAUCAGUUAACGGGUUCUACUACAUUUUUACUCUUUGAGAGCACAAAUGCAACUUUUAACAAUCUUAUCAAUGUCACAAGAACGAGCACUUCCGUGGGGGCUGCCAAUCCAUCAAAUUUCACCAGCCGUGACAGCGUUUUCCUAUUGGUCGCCAAACUUCAUGAACCCCAAAGUUCAGUUCGGCUGAACUUUAACUGGGAUCAAGGAGAGGCUGUGGCACCCACGAGCUAUUCUACGUGCGGAGGAAGAAUAGAGCCUGCACAACAAGCUAGGAUCGGCUACAAAACAGGUCAACCCGUUGGAGCAAAUAUUCGUUGUGUUUGGCUUAUCGAGUGCCGUUACGCAAACGUUACUUUUGAUUUAAUUAAAAAUGGUUUGACAAGACAUGGAAUUAUUUCGAUUGAUACGAUUGAUCCCGGAACUGGAAAAAUUGACCUCAACUCCACGACGAGAAUUAGCACAGAGUCACCCCGUGUGGUUGUUCGGGGACCAUUAAUCUUGCUGAAAUUUGCAAGCAGUCCUUCGCAAUACAGUUCUGAGACUGGAUUUGAGCUCGAGUACGCAGGUUCUGGGAGCAGUAUUCAGGACGGCAGGACUUAUGAGAUGCGACAUUGGAGUACAGCGUCCAGCACCGUCGAAUAUCCGAUCAGCGACGGUGUUCCAAGUUCUACUGAUUUAUUGAUCAUUGGACAAAACCCGGACGUCACCUCGACACUGUCCAUUUCAGACAAACUCACGCUCCAAUUCAUGAGCCACGCCAUGAAGAGCAGCACCGUCGGCCAAGGGUACAAUUUCAGUCUGUACUCUUUCUCGUCCUGGGACAGCAACAAUACUUUUGCGCCGGCCGUGGAUUGCACAGUCGUCACAGGACUAUUGGAAGAGGAGUGCGACUUUUCCCAAGCGUAUGCUUCUGCAGAUUUCCACUCAAAAUCAGAGACUUUUGACAUGAAGUUUAACAAUUCGGGAUUUUUGGCUAUUGUGAAACCUCUUCAAAGAAUGGAAAGCACUGCAUCAAGAGAGUUUGAGUUGACGUGGAACACAGGUGGAUGUGGUGGGUUGAUAUCUCUGCCCAAUGGGAAAAUUGACUACAAGGUUUACCAGUAUUACUCAAGCAAUGAAAAUUGCAUCUGGCUGAUUGACGGCACAAAAUUUGGAGCCACGUCGAUUUUAUUCAAUUUGGAAGUAUCUGGAGUUCUGGACAGGGACGCGAUCUACGUGUAUCCCGUUUCCCUCUCACUCGGCACCAUUGGAGUGUCCACGAGGCUUCGACACGAAGCAUCCAGCUACAGCUACCUCCCCGUUAAGCGGAAUAUUACGGUGCAAUCUGGAAUUGCGUUGGUAAGUUUCAGGUCCACAUCAAGUUCUUCAAUUUACUCGUCCACACUUGGGAGAGGAUUUCGACUUUCGUACAGUUUGCGACGAAUUCGAUCAACGACAAGAGAAUCGCCAGGAAAAACGUUUGUCCUCUUCCCGAACCUCGCCAAUAAUGAGAUGCAACUCCCCAUGUCGAAAAGAAUAACAUCUCUGAACCACAAUGACACGAUAAUAAUGUUUUUCAACUCACCGCAAGCAACAUCUUCUUCAUCCUCGUCGUCAUCUAGCACCACUUCAACAACUACUUUAAAUAUCACCAUUGAAGAUCUAGAUUUAUUUGUCAACAGCAAGAACUGCGUAUCAGAUUCCUUAUAUUUCUACUACUACUCAUUUUCCUCAUUCUACCUUAAAGAAUCCUUCCGUUCGUUCAAAAAUCCGGAAGCAUCCUGUAAUGAUACCACCGAAGCCGUAGAUUUGGUUACGGGUGGGGACGAGGACGAGGAGUAUCAGGUUCAGGAGUCAAUUUAUGAAGAUAUUAUGUCACCUUCGACUGUUAAAAAACCUACCGUCAAAAAUACUUGCAACGCGCAGUGCUACGAGACGAACGUGUUGAGUACGUUAACUCCUACCCGACGCCGGUUUAUAAUCGCAAUGCCAACACUCGUCAUAUAUAAGUCUAACAGUAACCACACGGAGGGAAAGAAGGUCAGAUUUACCUGGACGACCACACUCAGCUAAGUUACUGAUUUUCAGACAGCUUUGACAUAAUCUAGCCGCAAUAAAUUUUGUCAAUGUACAAAGAAUCUAUUUCUGGUACAAUUUAUUGACAAAAUUGACAAAACUUUAUUGACACAUUUAUAUCCUAUACUGUAAUAAUAUUAAUAUUAAGUAAGCAGUAAUUAUAAUUCCUGCUUCGUUAGUUCUAUUGAACGUUAAUAAUGUAUAGCUUAUAAUUUUAACUCCUAUUCAGUCAUCCUUUUGUCAUCAUGUGUAAUAUUAAAUAAUAACAUACUUAA